AUGGCCCCUGAUAAGAGAAUUUCAAAGCGCAAGGCUGCGCCCGUCGCCGCUGACUCGCCCGCCAAAAAAACCAAAAAGGUCGAGGCCAAGGCCGCCGAGGCACCCAAAGAGGCCGCUCCUAAGUCCAUUCUGAAGAAGGAGACCCGUUCCACAUCUGCCAAGGCAGAGAAGGCUGCUGCUCCCGCAAAGGCCAAUGGCGAGACCACUCGCCAGGUUAAGCCUCGCAAGCGCGCUGCCGAUUUCCUUACCGAUGAGGAGAACGAAGCGCCUGCUGCGCCUGUGAAGGCCGAGAAGAAGGCUGAGAAGAAGCCUGUCAACAAGAAGUCCAAGAAGGAGGAGGUUGAGGCCGCCCCCGCUCCCAAGAAGGCCGCCGCAAAGAAGGCCGCCCCCAAGACCACCAAGAAGCCCGAGCCCGUCGUCGAAUCAGAGGAAGAAGAUGUCGAGAUGGAUGCCUCCCCCGCCGAUGAGAGCGAGGCUGAGGUUGAUGGCGACGAUGACCAGACUGAGGCUCUUAUCAAGGGCUUCGAAAGCAGUGGCGACGAGGACGAGUCUGAUGGUGAGGGCUACAAAGAGGGUGAACCUAUCCCUAAGGUCCCCGACACCAAGAAGGCCGCGCGCAAGCUCGCCAAGCAGCUCAAGAAGAACGGCCCUCCUGAGGAGCCCGGCACUGUCUACAUUGGACGUAUUCCCCACGGUUUCUAUGAGCACCAGAUGAAGGCCUACUUCUCCCAGUUCGGCGACAUCACCAACCUUCGCCUCUCGCGCAACCGUCUCACCGGCCGCUCCAAGCACUACGCCUUCAUUGAGUUCUCAUCGACCACCGUCGCUAAGAUCGUUGCUGACACAAUGGACAACUACCUCAUGUACGGCCACAUCGUCAAGUGCAAGUUCGUCCCGAAAGAGCAGCUUCACCCUGAGGUCUGGAAGGGCGCCAACCGUCGUUUCAAGGUUACCCCAUGGAACCGUAUCGAGAAGAAGCGUCUUGAGAAGGGCAAGACCCGUGAACAGUGGGAGAAGCGCAUUGAGAGCGAGCAGAAGAAGAGAGAGGCCAAGGCCAACAAGAUGAAGGCUCUGGGUUACGAGAUCGAUCUUCCCCAGCUGAGGAGCGUUGAGGAUGUCCCCAUCCAGGAGGCACCCAAGGCUGUUGAGGCUGCUGAGGCCACUGAGACCACCGAGACCAUUGAGGCAGCCACCGAGGAGCCCGCGAAGGCCAUCGAGGCCCCCGCUCCUACCGAAGAUACCCCCAAGAAGGCCAAGAAGGGCAAGAAGACAGAGACCCCCAAGGAGGCUGCCACAGAGUCACCGGCUGCCAAGUCGCCUGCUGCUAAGUCGCCUGCUGCUAAGUCGCCUGCUGCUAAGUCGCCUGCCACCAAGGCGAAGGGCAAGGUUACUAAGAAGACCACCAAGAAGUCCAAGGCGUAA